AUGCCUUUCCAUAAGGGAGACAAAAGCGGUCAUUUCGAUGCCAGCCAAAACACAUUCAAUCUGCAAGACCCGGGUUUUGGACCAAGUGAAGGUGUUUACAAUAACCGUAUGGAUCCUCGAUAUGGCAAUAUGAAUCCAAACUAUUAUGGUGGCGUUCCUGGAACGCUUGGAGGAAGUGGAAUGUAUGGACAGGAUGUCUAUAAUCGACAACCUGGCUCUCAAGGCUGGAAUACGGGAAGACGACAUUUUAAUGGCUCAGAUUCGGAUGACUCUGACAUUGAUAAACGCAAUCACGGAGGUUCAGGGCCGGGUUGGAAUCGGGGACGACAUGGUUCACACUCAAAUCGGCGUGGUCAUUCAAGUGAUCAUGGUUCAAGUUCAGAUGAAGGAAGGCGUAACAGACACUGGCGCUAGAAAAUUUUUGUCGAUGUUCAUCUGGUCCGUAUUCUUCUGAACAUUCGUCACUAACGAUUUUUGAUAUUACUUUUCAUUCAAAGAAAGCUAUAAAAUGAAUGAAGUACAAUUAGAGUGUGCUUAUUUGAUAUUUACUAACGUGUCAGUUGAUCAUUUUUGUUUUUCUCUAAUAUUGUGAAAUACAUUUACUAUUUUUA